UAUAAAGAAUACGCAGCUCUUUAAUGAGGAUUGACCCUAUGAGUACUGCAGGAAGAUAGGCCCAAGUAAUCCAAAGAAGAUCAUACCGAGUUGCAUCCCCAAACAGUCUCUGGCACAUGGACAGCCACAUGAAGUUGAUACGAUGGGGAUUUACUGUUCAUGGAUGUAUUGAUGGAUUCUCGCGUCUUAUUCCAUAUUUAAAUUGUGCAUUGGAUAACAAAUCAUUCACAGUUUUAGAAGUUUUUUGCAAUGCUGUUGUGAAGUAUGGCUUACCAUCUCGAGUAAGAUCAGAUCAUGGAGGAGAAAAUCCUCAAGUAGCACUGCUCAUGAAUAUCCUGAGAGGACUGCAGCGUGGUAGCCAUAUUACUGGACAAUCAGUACACAACCAAAGAAUUGAAAGGCUUUGGAAAGACGUAUUCUCACAGGUCAUUGAACCAUUUUACAAGGAGUUCUAUGAAAUGGAGGAUCUUCGUAUUCUGAAUCCAGACAAUACUGUACACAUAGCAUGUCUUCAUUUAGUGUACCUUAAUGAAAUUAACAAACGACUUGAACUAUUCAGAAAUGGUUGGAAUAUGCACAGAAUUAGAACAGAAGGGAACCAAACACCAGAACAGAUUUGGUCAGAUGGGCUUCUCAUCACAAAUUCUGCUCCAUCAGAUGCUACUAUUGAACAGCUUUUAUUAGAAAACUUACAAAGAAUCGGGGGGCCAGCUUUAAUUUCUUCUGAUGUGACUGAAGAAGAAGAGUCAUCCAACACAUUAAAUUUAACUAAUCAGCAGAUGGAAAUGCUUUCUGCUGAAUUUCAGCAUGGAGAUGGAUUACAGGAUAACUAUUCUCGAUGUGUCCGUUGUGUUGUUGAGCUUUUACAAUCUAAUGCAGACAGCACUGCAUCAUCAUCAUCUUAACAGCAUAUUGGAAAAAGAGUUAAGAGAGUUGUCAACCAUGAUUUCAUUUUCAGUUUUAGUAUUAAUGGAAGAACCCUAAACAUAUAAUUUCAUGUUACGUUUUUUUUUUUAUAAUUUUCUAUCUUUUGUAUUGUGCUGGCAGUAAAUAUAAUAGGUUUACAAUUAUGCUUAGUAAACAGUCUCUUUCUUUGACUGCAUCUUUAAUAAAUGUAUGUCAUAUUUCCUGAUGCUGUAAAAUACUGCCUUAAAAUACACAUGCACAAGCAGACAUAAAAAGAAAAAUCAACUUUACUUCCAGUUUCUAAAUUGCACAAGAAUUGAGAAAAUGUCUGAUGUUUAGGUACAGUGGACAGUAGGGCAGAACGGAGUGUCAGAGUCAUAGAAAAAAUAAAAUCAAGGAAAGGUAAAUGUUAAAAAUAAAAAAAACCAUUCAGCAAACACUUUAAAUAGACAAAAGAAAUUUGAGUUAAAACAGUAUGUAACAGAAGGGAUUGGAAAAUUUAAACUAUGAACUGUGCAAAAGAAAAUGUUAGUUUAGAUUAGUUAUUAGUCAUAUUAAAUACUAGACAGAGAGCCAAAAAAAUUAAUUUGACCAUAAUAAAUUUAACAUUAACCUACUAAAAUAUCAGAAAACAAAUUGUCCAUUCAAGGUAUAUGUUUUAACAUGUAAUGGUAAAUAGUAAAAAAGAAAGAUAUCCAAUAGCACUCACUGCACCACAGUAGAAGAGCCAAGAACUAAAGGUGAUCCACAUGUUGCCUGGAGGUAUGAGACACUGUUCCUGAUAGCCAGCAGCUUAGAAUUCUUUGUAUUUAUGUAGCGCUUUUCUCACUACUCAAAGCGCUCAGCAAGUGCAGGUUAAGGGCCUUGCUCAAGGGCCCAACACAGCAGAGGCCCUUUUGGCAUUUAUGGGAUUUGAACCGGCAACCUUCCGAUUGCCAGUGCAGAUCCCUAGCCUCAGAGCCACCACUCCAGGGCCUGGUCCUCAAACAGAACUGGUCUUGUUGAUUAACUUAUCCAGUCGGUUGACAACUGUUGUUUUAAAAGAGCACAC